CUGAAGGAGUAAGCACGCGGUACUAGAGCUCAUUAUCAACAUGGAUUACGAUUUCUCAAAUAAAGUGGUGCUAGUUACUGGCGCGAGUGCUGGUAUAGGCGAGGCUAUAGCUCUCCUGUUCGCCAAACUUGGUGCGAAGCUGUCGCUGGUGGGAAGAAAUGAAGCUAACUUGCGAGCAGUCGCGGCCGAGUGCGAGAAGCAGAAGGGCGUGAAGCCGCUGGCGAUCGUCGCGGACCUGGGGACUGAUGAGGGGGUCCAGAAGACUGCAAAGGACACUCUUGAUCAUUUUGGACGGUAGGAUGAAUUUCUUUCA